AUGGGCAGAUGGUCGUGGAUGCGGUCCCUGGCGGAGUGGGCGCGGUCGGGGCGGGGCCGCGCGCUGGCGGCGGACGUGUGGCGCGGCGCGGCGCUGGGCGCGGCCAGCGUGCUGGGCACCGCGCGCGCGCUGCACGCCUGCGACGCCGUGCUGCAGGCCGGCGCCCGGCGCGGGGGCGGCGCCGCGCUAGCCGCUAACCUCUUCUCAUCGUUGCUCAUCGGCAUCAUUGUCGGGGGCGCCGGCGACCCGAAAUCGGAGAUAAAUCAAAUUUAUCAGUCCAGUUUAGUCUGUCUGGUCGCAGGUGCGCUGAACGGUCUCCUGACCACAUGGAUGCUGCUCAAGAUCCAGGAGCACCAGUCGUCGUGGCAGGCGUGGCGCGACAGCACGCUGCACGUGCACGUGACGCUGGCGGAGGACCGCCUGUCCCCGCGCGCGUCCACCGUCACUGUGGUGGGGGACCGCGGCGCCGUGGCGGGGGAGCGCGGCACCGCCGACCGCAGCACCAACGUGGCCGACCCCUUCAUGGUGGCACUGCCGUACACGCUACCCGACCCAUGA